CCUGUAUGAAAUCGAGGAUGAUUGGAAAUGGCUUCUCGCGAAGAUGAUGUACGAAAGCCAAAACCAAAGAAAAAUUCAAAAAAUAUUCAACGUGAUGCACCGUUCCCCGUUCCGAUCGCAACUCUUACUGGAAAGCCAGCUAACCCGAGUCGUUGGUACCAUUAUUUUGGAACAUUGAAAGGUGACAGUGUUGUUGUUAGUGGUCUUGGAGACAUGACUUUUCUGUAUAAGAUGGGUUUUUUCGGCAAAGGAAACUUGUCACAGAGUGAGCCGCAGUUCAACAAGUUUCACAAUACGUUCGAUGACCGCAGCAAGAAACAAAUGAUUAGAUCGGGGAAAGGGAAAUUCACCAGCAAAGAAAAAGAACAAAGGGAGGCAUGGUUCAAUGAAAUUCACACUGAAAGGUGCAGACAGCACAAAGAAUGGUCCUCUGAGGAGAAGUCUAUGGAGGAGGAGGUUCCUGAAAAGCAAGCCAAGCUAGAAGAUCUUUAUCAAGUAGAUGAAUUCUUACAAUUAUCUCUUGAAGAGGCAUAUUUCUUGGCUUUUGGUUUAGGUUGUCUUACUGUUAAAGAUGAAGAUGAGAAAGAGCUGCCAUUGGUUGAAAUGUGGAGAAAAUUUUGUCACCUAAAGGCAAGGUUUCUGGAGACUUAUGCUGCCUAUCAUUAUUUUCGAAGUUUGGGAUGGGUUGUUCGUGAUGGUCUUAUUUAUGGCUCUGAUUUCUUGCUUUAUAAAGAUGGAAUGCCUUACUACCAUUCCAGUUAUGCUGUGUUGGCAUAUCUUGUUGAUGAUGACAAAGUAGGUGCAUCUUUGGAGUCAUUACCGUGGACUUGGUCAUAUCUUACUUGCAUGAACAGAGUGGCUGAACGUGUUGCAAAGGAGGUCCUCAUUGCUUUUGUCGUAAAGCCUAAAGGCCUUACAAAAAAAGAACUGACUACUCCGCAAUGUCUGAGAAAAUUAGAGAUUCAGGAAACUCUUCUGAGGCGGUGGAUUCCUGAAAAGAACCGGGAAUCGAGAAAAUGAAGAUAAUUGUCUUAUCAAUUUUUCUCUGCCUAAAGACCGGUUCUGGUUAUCGAUUGGGAAUCGACACAUGCCACUGGAGGUCUUCUUACGCCAAGCUGUAUGUGAAGCGAUGCAAAACAUUUGUCACAGAGCACGAGAAAGAUGAAGAAUAAGAGUUUUGCUUGCCGGAAAAAUGGCACUUCAAGCAAGACAUCUAGGACGCAUCUUGAAAAUUUGAACUGAAACGCCAAGCAAUAUUUUGUACCCUACUGUAGGUGUUUAAUCAGAGAAGGCUGAUCUUGAUUGGCCCUUUACAUCUUCAAAAUUGUCAAUAAUUGUUGACAAGCGACAAAGACUUGCAUGAUUUGUUUGUAAUUGUGAGGAAAAGAAUAUGUUUGAAAAAGAAGAUUUAUUUGAUAAAGGAAGCCAAGAGUUUGUGACACUCUGAACUUUAAAUUCUUUCUUUGUUGUAUCUUGUUAUUUUGUCUCUAAACUGCUCAUUUUCUAAAUAAACUUGACUUUUUAGGAUUUGGGUCAAAUUUGAAUUAACUUUUGCAUCACAACCUUCCCCCAGAUUUUUGACAAUUUUUCACCUUUAUGAAGGCUCGUUCAUAUUGAUCAUUGUGACAAAGUUAUUAAACUGGAUGAAAAUUUUCUCUUUAGAAU